CAUCCUCUGAUUCAUACCACAAAGCUAGAACCUGAAAGCAGCCAGCCACACCACUCCGCUCCACUCCACCUUUGCCAUCUCCAAGAAAGAACCCAGCCUCUUCUGCUUCAAGAAGCCUUUUUUGAUCCUGAGUUAUCGCCAUCCAUCACCAUGAUCCAAGAACUGCUCGGCGGGGCCGCCAUGGACCAGCUCAAGAGCGUGAAUGAGUCCCUGCCCCUGUUGCUGCACUCGGUCAUCUCCAACCCAUCGCCCACGUCGUCGUCGUCGACGUCGUCGCGCUCGUCUGCGCAGCAGCAUCAGCAGCAGCGGUCGACGUCGGCAACGUCGUCGCCGCAAGCAGGGCAGCAGCAGCAGCAGCAGGGCCAGGGGCAAGGAGCGGAGCAGACGCCUCUGCGGUGCCCCAGGUGUAACUCCUCCAACACCAAGUUCUGCUACUACAACAACUACAACCUCACCCAGCCGCGCCACUUCUGCAAGACGUGCCGCCGGUACUGGACCAAGGGCGGCGCGCUCCGCAACGUGCCCAUCGGCGGCGGCUGCCGCAAGCCGCGCCCCAUGCCCACGCCCGUCACGAAGCCGGCGGUCUCAUGCAAGGCCGUGGGCGGCGCGCAGUCGCUGGGCCUCGGCGUCGGCUUGGGCAUGGGCGCCGGCCCCGGACCCUGGGCGUCCUCGCAGCAGGCGGCCGCCGCGCAGCUCAUGGCGCUGCUCAACAGCGCCAGGAGCGUGCAGGGAGGCGGCGGCGGCAACAUGCACAGGCUCCUCGGCCUCGACGCCGUGGCCCACCUGCCCCUCCAUGUCCUGCCGGGCGCGGGCAAUAAUGCCGGUGGCACGGCGCCGUCGUUCUGGCCGCAGGCCGCGCCGCGUGUCAUCCCCGCACCGCCGCACAUGGACUCCCAGCUCGGCAUGGGGCCGCUGGGCCAGCACGACGUGCUGUCGAGCCUCGGGCUAAAGCUGCCCCCGCCAUCGCCGUCGCCGGCGGCAAGCUACUACAGCGACCAGCUGCACGCGGUGGUGAGCAGCGCCGCCGGACGCGGACACGAGUACGAAACAGCCGCCUGCGCCACGUCACUGCCUUGCACCACGGCGCUGACCUCCCUCCCGCCGGCCGCGUCGAGCGUGUCCGCUGCACUGGCCAGCGCCGCCACGGUCGGGCUAGACCUCCCGCUGGUCUCCCUCUCCGCGCCCGAGAUGCAGUACUGGGCCGGGCCGGCGGCGAUGUCCGUGGCGUGGCCGGACUUGCCCACCCCCAACGGCGCGUUCCCGUGAGAGACAAACAUGGACCUCAUCUGCUGUACGGAUGGCGCAGCUGUUUACCCACCCACAUGACACACUAGCUAGUACGUAAUCAGUAGCUCGAUCACUUCAGCCUUCAGUGUAGCUUUAUCUUGCCGUUAAUUUGACUGUGUUAUGAGUGAGAACUCCACUCUGGGGGAGGUUAUUAAUCAAUGGUGUUUCUAUUACUCUUGUUUUUGUUCACUAGUGGGAGCAUGGGAGUAACUUUUCUUACUGU